AUGCCGCCCUUGGGGCUGUUCGCAGUCCCCACGGCGGAGAAAAGACCCGAUCGAGUGCCCAGGGCAUGUUUGGUCGCCUCGAAGGCAAUUCCCCAGGCUGCAGAAGAGGUUUAGCGGCAGCGGUCGCGGUUGUACCGGCAGCCUUCCUGAAAACUGUUAACGGUAGCAUUCGUCAUCCGACAAGCAAUGCGGUACGGUGGCAAGGGCAAGAGUAAAUAUCCAAGGCUCCUCUAGGGAACGAUUUCUCAAUUCGGUAACAAUUGGUACGGGAAUCAGCGAACACGGUAUUUGGGUGGUAACUGGCCAUCAUGGUAACGUUUGGGUGGUAACUGGCCACCACGGUAAUGCACGGUAGUAAUUGGGUCGUAACCGCCCAGCACGGUAACUCCCGUACGGGAACUAGCCACCACGGGAAUGCACGGUAAUAUUUGGGUGGUAACUCGGCACCACGGUAAUGCCGCGGUAACGGGCCACCACGGUAAUCCACCACGGUAAUGCACGGUAACGUAGGAUGGACACUCCACAAAGCGAUGCACUGCAACAGCUGUGUUGCGCUUUUUUUUCAGUGCGCGUGACACCGAAACAGCGCCUUCCACAAAGAACACGAAACACACUAAUGGAACCUAUCGCAUUUCGUUCUUCAAUUGUUUUGAGACUACAGGCGAAAAUCUCGAGGUCAAGUUACCGAAAGACGAGGCAAAAGACAAAGGAUAAAACGAACGAACUACAUCAGUUCGUCAAGAGCGACACCUCGAAAUAUCCAUCACUUGAUCACUAACUAACCAUAUCUCAACUACGUGAGGAUUGAACGCACCAAACUUAUCUGCCAGACGAUGCAUAAACCACCAGCUACCACGUACAUACAUAUCGAGCUCAACGACACAAGCAUGGUGUACCGUAUCUGCGUCACACCGCAGGCAAGCAGUUCAAACACAACAAACAAACAAAAAUAUAUGCAUACCACACUACGGCAAUACAAUACUCAAAACCAAUAUUCGAAGACUCAAGACACAAAAAAGACAAGGUUCUCCUUUCGUUUGAUGGAUCGAUAGAAGCGAGAUAAAAAAAGAAAAUAAAAAAAGAAUAGGCGACGAUUUUUUUUUUUCGUCUUCACUUCAAAUCAGCGCUCACAGCACUAGUGCCGUUUACUCCAACCCGUGGUCACACAGAAGAGCCCCUCUCUCUACCCUCCCCUCCUGCGGUACGUUGCCUUCGACUUUUAAUGCGAGAAGAGUUCAGCACUCUCCUCCCUCUGUGUACACACGAACUAGCGCUAUCCACUAGGCCAGGAGCGGAAGCGAGAGAAAAACUCACUUUACAAGAAAAGUUCGCUUACGCCGUGAUCCGAACCCCUGACCUGACCUCUAGAAGGAGAAGGCCAUUUGCUCGGUAAU